AUGGAUAUCGCCCUCGAGAUCUGGGACACUUUUCUUGGUGAUCGUCUCUAUGCGGCUCUUCUCCCCGCGUCUCUCUCGUCGUCGGUGUCGUUCCCCGGCUUCACCAAUGCCGCCAACAGCACCCUAUCCUUCUUUGGCGCAUCGAAGCCAUUCGCUUAUGAACCAGCCACGCAAUUGAUGUAUUUGGAGCCUAGCAAGUACGCUUACCUAAGCGCUUGGCCGAGGAACAACAUUUACCGCCAAUUCCUGAGUUUCUUCCUGAUCGUCUGGAUUUUUGGUAUCAUCGUCUACUUCAUCUGCGCGUCUCUGUCGUACAUCUUCAUUUGGGACAAGACCACCGUUCACCACCCGAAAUUCCUCAAAAACCAAAUCCCCAUGGAAAUCGCUCAGACAAUGCAAUCCAUGCCGAUCAUGUCUCUUUUGACCGCCCCAUUCUUGGUCGCUGAGGUCCGCGGUUACGCCAAGCUAUACGAUACCUUCUCUGCUGAGCCAUUUCCCUACUACAGCAUCCUGCAAUUCCCGCUGUUCAUCGGAUUCACUGAUCUUUGCAUCUACUGGAUUCACCGCGGUCUGCAUCACCCAUUGAUUUACAAGACUCUGCACAAACCCCACCACAAGUGGAUCAUGCCCAGUCCGUUCGCCUCGCACGCUUUCCACCCGCUAGAUGGUUGGUCUCAGAGUGUACCGUACCACGUGUUUCCUUUCAUCUUCCCACUCCAGAAGGUGGCAUAUGUGUUCCUCUUCGGAUUUAUCAACCUUUGGACGGUAUUGAUCCACGACGGUGAAUAUGUUGCCAACAGCCCUGUGAUCAACGGAGCGGCCUGCCACACCAUGCACCACUUGUACUUCAACUACAACUAUGGCCAGUUUACCACGCUAUGGGAUCGCCUUGGAGGCAGCUACCGGAAGCCUAACGAGGAGCUUUUCCGCCGUGAGACGAAGAAUGGCGAGGAAGAAUGGAAGAGGCAGACUAAGGAGAUGGAAACUAUUCUCCAGACUGUCGAGGGCGAUGAUGACCGGACAUACCUAGCCGAUGCGGAAACCAAGAAGGAUCUUUGA